ACAGCGUCCGGGCCUGUCACGGGGCUCUGUACAGCCUUCUCUACCACCGGGGCUGCCAGCGUCCCGCCCCAUCCCCUCCCAACUCCCGAGGGAGGAGGGGAGAGCGGGAAGAGGAGGGGGGUCAGAGAGGCCCGGCUUUAUAAAGGCGGAUGGAACAGCGCGGCCCGCCAGACCCCGCCGCCCGGAUCUCUUGCGCUGCCAGCCGCCCCACGUGACCGCGCCGACCCUCCACCCCCAGCUCCCAGCUCCACCGCAGUGAGUUGGGGCCCGCUCGCCAUGGCCCUCUUCUGGGCCCUCUUCUUAGCCCUGGUGGCAGGAGCUCACGCCGAGAUCCCCGGCUGCAAGCUCCGCAUCACCUCCCAGGCGCUGGAUCUGGUGAAGCAGGAGGGGCUACGCUUUCUGGAGGAAGAGCUGGAGACUAUCACCAUUCCGGACCUGGGAGGCAGAGAGGGCCACUUCAUCUACAACAUCUCCGAGGUGAAGGUCAUAGAGCUGCAGCUGAUGUCCUCCAAGCUCCAUUUCCAGCCAGAGCAGGAGCUGGUGCUACAGAUCAGCAACGCCUCCUUGAGGCUGGGCUUUCGGAGGCAGCUUCUCUACUGGUUCUUCUACGAUGGAGGCUACAUCAAUGCCUCCGCGGAGGGUAUAUCCAUCCGCACCGCUCUGCAGCUCUCCGGGGAUGCCUCCGGCCGGAUCAAAGUCGCCAACGUCUCCUGCGAGGCCUCUGUCUCCAGAAUGCGCGCAGCCUUCGGGGGAACCUUCGGGAAGUUGUAUGAAAUCCUCUCCACGUUCAUCACCUCAGGGAUGCGCUUCCUCCUCAACCAGCAGAUCUGCCCGGUGCUCUACCAUGCAGGGACGGUGCUGCUCAACUCCCUUCUGGACACCGUGCCUGUACGCAGCCCUGUGGACAAUCUCGUUGGCAUUGACUACUCCAUCCUGAAGGACCCUGAGGUCUCCACCAGCAAUCUGGACAUGGAGUUCCGGGGGGCCUUCUAUCCCCUGGCCCAGGGGAACCGGAGCUUCCCUAACCGGGCAGUGGAGCCCCAGCUGCAGGAGGAGGAGCGGAUGGUGUACGUGGCCUUCUCCGAGUUCUUCUUCGACUCAGCCUUGGAGAGCUACUUCCGGGCAGGGGCCCUGAAGCUGUCGCUGGUUGGGGACAAGGUGCCCCACGACCUGGACGUGCUGCUGAGGGCCUCCUACUUCGGCAGCAUCGUCCUGCAGAGCCCAGCGGUGAUCGACUCUCCGCUGAAGCUGGAACUGAAGGUCUUGGAAGCGCCGCACUGCACCAUCAAGCCCUCAGGCACCACCAUCACUGUCACUGCCAGUGUCAGCAUCGCGCUGGUCCCCCCCAACCUGCCCGAGGUCCAGCUGUCCAGCAUGAUCAUGGACGCCCGUCUCAGCGCCAAGGUGGCCCUCCAGGGGAAGGCGCUGCGCAUCCAUCUGGACCUGCGCAAGUUCCGAAUCUACUCGAACCAUUCUGCACUCGAGUCGCUGGCACUGAUCCCGCUGCAGGCCCCUCUGAAGACCAUGCUGCAGUUGGGGGUGAUGCCCCUGAUCAAUGAGCGGACCCGGCGUGGGGUGCAGAUCCCACUACCUGAGGGCAUGGACUUCGUGCGAGAAGUGGUGACGAACCAUGCGGGCUUCCUCACCAUCGGGGCUGACCUCCAUUUUGCCAAAGGGCUGCGAGAGGUGAUCGAGAAGAAACGGCCUGCGACCACCAGGGGCUCCCCAACAUCCCGAGCCCCACCACCCUCCAGGCCGCCCUCCACACCACCCUCCACGGCACCCUCCACACCACCCCCAACGGCGGCUGCCUGAGCCCUUAACCCCCACCCCUGAGGGCCGCUCUCAGGACUCCAGUGCCUCGCACCCCCUCCCUCACGGCUUAUAGCGUCCUCUCUAACCCCCGUGCCGCAGAGAAGAUCAGUUUUAAGCUGUGCUCAGUUUAAUUGCGUAAUCACAGUCAGUCCAUCAAUUACAGCCCGUCCAACCUCC